ACACUAAAAAAGACUGGAGCACAGAAGGCUGCACUAAAAAGAAGAGCCCCUCUGGACCUGCAGUUUGCAUUUGUAACCCUGAAAAUCAUGGACAAGUAAACUUUGCCAUUCUAAUGUCAUUUGAUAUCAACUAUGAAUAUUCUGAAGCCUUGCAAUGGAUCAGCAUCACAGGCUGUGCUCUGUCUGUGGUGGGACUGUCUGUCACAGCAUUGUACCAAAUCAUAACCAGGAAGUCAAGAGGUAGCAGCCCUACUCUGCUGGUAGUGAAUGUCUGUAUAAGUAUGACAGUUUUCUACCUUCUCUUCAUCUUCGGCAUAAACAACCCUGUCCAACAUGUGAAUGUGGCAAAAGUGUCUGGGGAGAAUAUAGUUCCCGAGUCUGACCAACACAAGUACUCAGAUGAGGGACCUUGUACAGCAUUUACAGCGCUGAUUCAGUACUUCCUGUUGGCUACAUUCACUUGGAACACUUUGUACGGCAUUAAUGUGUUCCUGCUCUUCAAAAACUCAGUGUCUGGAACACCUUCAUGGUUUCCAAGGGUCUCCAUGGCUGUAGGAUGGGGUAGGAGACGUUGA